AUGGAUCAAGCUUUUCUUUCUAAACCUGUUUGUCUCAUCCUGAGCAGAAUCCAGCUGGGAGAAACCGGAGGAUUUCAGUGCAGAGGAAGUUGCUCCUCCUGUCUCUCUCUCUCUCUCUCUCUCUCUCACACACACACAGACACACACACACAAUGGAGUUCUCUGUCUCUCAGGUUCAGUCUCGCUAGAAUCGGCUGUUGUUUGUCUCCUCAGUCUCACUUCAUCUCGGCGCUGACGGUGGUGUUCGUGAACUCGAAGUCUCUGUCGUCCCUGAAGAUCGACGACACACCGGUGGACGACCCGUCGCUCAAAGUGCUGGUGGCCAACAACAGCGACACGCUGAAGCUGCUGAAGAUGAGCAGCUGCCCGCACGUGUCUCCUGCAGGUAUCCUGUGCGUGGCGGAUCAGUGUCACGGUCUGCGUGAGCUAGCGCUCAACUACCACCUGCUGAGCGACGAGCUGCUGCUAGCGCUGUCGUCAGAGCGUCACGUUCACCUGGAGCACCUGCGCAUCGACGUGGUGAGCGAGAACCCGGGCCAGCAGUUCCACUCCAUCAAGAAGAGCAGCUGGGAUGCCAUGGUGCGCCACUCGCCCAAGUUCAACCUGGUCAUGUACUUCUUCCUGUACGAGGACGAGUUCGGGCCCUUCUUCCGCGACGAGGUGCCCGUCACGCACCUGUACUUCGGCCGCUCCGUCAGUAAAGAGGUUCUGGGCCGCGUGGGGCUGACCUGUCCUCGGCUGGUGGAGCUGGUGGUGUGUGCUAACGGCCUGAGACCCCUGGACGAGGAGCUGAUCCGGAUCGCAGAGCGCUGCAGACAGCUGUCGGCCAUCGGCCUGGGCGAGUGUGAGGUGUCCUGCAGCGCCUUCGUGGAGUUCGUCAAGAUGUGCGGCGGCCGGCUCACGCAGCUCUCCAUCAUGGAGGAGGUUCUGGUGCCUGACAGCAAGUACGGGCCGGACGACAUCCACUGGGAGGUGUCCAAACACCUGGGCCGCGUCUGGUUCCCCGACAUGAUGCCCACCUGGUAGAAUCACAUUUUGUGCUUUUCUACAUUUGGAAUGAGAAGCAAUGAAGCGUUCACAGAUGCACUUCAGACACUCGCCGUGUGUUUUCUACACUCUAGUCGCCGUGACAGACACGUGUGCUGGCCACAAUCAUUAGAACACUAGUAUUGUGAUAGUUAUUUCUAUAUUUUGCUGUGUAGGAAAUAUCAGUUUGCAUUUCCAGUUGGCCAUUAACUGUAAUAAUGCAGUGAGAUGUUAGUGCUGCACACAGAGCUCUGAUCUGAUCUUCAUCAG